GUCACUAUCAUCAUCGCUGUCACCUGAAGUUUGUCAUGGCCGACGUCUGCAAAUAUUUUUUUAUUCUUUCGACGAUGCGGCAGCGUGGUCGCGGUCACCGGUGACGGCAAAGGCAUGUCGUGCCUAGCCAUGCUGUCGCUGCCAAGCCUGGCCCGGACUCAGCUGAAAACCAGGGGCAGCGUUCGGUACCUGCGCAGUGUCUACCGGCCGCACAAUGUUCGACGAGCGAGCACGACGGUGCCCAAGGUGGCCGUGGAGGACGCUAAGGCCGGUGAAGAGCUCGCUCCCAUUGCCUGCGCGGAGCCUCCGGUGCUGUUCGUGGCCAGGGCAGGCCGCCUGAUGAGCGUCCCGGAUGGCGCGGUCAGCCACGGCACGGACAUUGUGCUCUCCCCGCCAGUCCAGCAAGCAUCCGUCGAGCCCGGCGAGGAGUGGCACAGGCGCCACCUGGACCCUGCGCGACUGCCCCACUACUACAUGGCACUGAGCAAGAUUCGGCUCACAGGUCUGGUAGUGACAACCACGCUGGCUGGUUACGCCAUGGCUCCUGGAGCUUUUGAUCCCUGGGUGGUGCUGUUCACUGUGGCUGGAACCACGCUCACGUCGUGUGCCGCAAAUGCCAUUAACCAGUUCCUGGAGGUGCCGUACGACUCCCAGAUGAACCGGACGAAGAACCGAGUCCUGGUGCGCGGGUUCCUCAGCCCCCUGCACGCCGUGGGCUUUGCGGCAAGUACGGCGGGUCUGGGCCUGUGGCUGCUGUCGGUGGGCGCCAACGGCCUGACGGCGAUGCUGGGCGGCGCCAACCUGCUGCUGUACACGUGCGCCUACACCCCGCUGAAGCGCUGCUCCAUAGCCAACACCUGGCUGGGAUCCGUGGUGGGUGCCAUCCCGCCGCUCAUGGGAUGGGCUGCCUGCACGGGCACCCUGGAUGCCGGUGCCUGUGUGCUGGGAGCAAUGCUCUACUCGUGGCAGUUCCCGCACUUCAACGCCCUCUCGUGGAACCUGCGGCCCGACUACUCGCGAGCCGGCUACCGCAUGAUGUCGGUGACCCACCCGGAUCUGUGCCGGCGCACCGCGCUCCGACACAGCAUCUUUCUCGCAGCGCUGUGCAGUGUCGCAGCACCUCUGAGCGAACUGACUACGUGGACCUUCGCUGCCACCUCACUGCCCCUCAAUGCAUACCUGUUGUACCGUGCGUGGAACUUCUAUCGCGAACCCGACAGUGCGACAUCGCGUGCCUUGUUUCGGCUGAGCUUACUGUACUUACCAGUUUUGAUUGUGCUCAUGUUGGUGAGCAAACGGCGAGAUGGUGCAAGCACAAAGCAGACUUCAAAUUCUGCGAAGCAGUUGCCACCAGCACUACCCACGGGAGACUCCUGAGGACCUUUACCUUAGGCCUAGGUGACUAGUUUGUGGGUAUCUGAACAGAGGCAUCUGUAUGUGUGUUAUCGUGGAAAGUUGGUGACCAUUUGGUUUUGGUAAGCUAGAACGGUCUCAAGCUAGCGGUUAUGACAGUUGUCCUUGAGUCCUGUUAGAGCUGAAUGAAAAAUCUAGCAGGUCUCAAGGAGAAUGUGGUAGCUGUCACGGUCACAGCUUCACAGGCACAAGACCCGCCUGCUUAUUUUCUAUCAUCCAGCAGAAGGAUUUUAGAAGCUCUGAUUUUCGAAAGAGAGGAUGGAAGCCUUCUAUUAUCUGUGAAAACUGGAUUGACAGUGACGCUGUUAGGCAUUGAAGCUGUUAGUGAAGCCUCUGUGUACUGAUAUCAUGGCACUGCCAGAGUACAGCACACCGCCAAGAAACUGAAGAUGCUUCUCCUGGAGGCAGCAUAGGCAAGUCUCUGUGUCAUUCCCACAGCACAGGCCACAAAACAUGACUGAAUUCAGCAUUGGCACAGUUUUGCUCACCAAGCGCCUCAUUCGCACGGUUGCUGUUGUAGACACCGGACGCAGGAGCGUCGUCAAGUUGCUUAGGAUCAUUUCAUCUACGUGCAUACAUGCCUUCUGAUAAGGCAUUCGAGCACUCAUAACGUCAUGUGGUGCACAUUUUUCACGCCAGUUCGCAGGAUAUUUCACUUGCCAUGUCCGCUAAUGCGUAAUUUAAGCCAUGUAACACAGACGAAUGCAUUCUGCUUCACUGGAAUCCUGCACAAUGCUUGCUAGUCUGGAGCGAGUACUUAGCAGUUUGUUUUAGGGUCUGGUUGCAGCUUGCACAGUUGGUCAGUGUGCAAGCCUGUAUGUACUGUACAUAGUAGGUACGUAGAUCUGUACAGACACUAAUUGUAACAUAACUUCUUGCUUCUGACGUGUCGAAUUUCUCGCCGCCUGCAUAUAAGAAAUCCGUCCGUGCCGAAGAGUCGUGAAUUGCUGACAUGUCAGGCCAGUGGUGCAUUCAGCAUGCAUUGUUCUUUCCUUCUGGUGGCCGAGUCUCUCUGUCGCCAGUUUCAUGUGAUUUGUUAAGUUUGUUAGCACGGAUAUAAUUGAUUUUGGGACUCCCUAAGUAUAUUUCAUUGGCAACCAAACUUAUAAUGGCAUCUGAUGAGUGCCUAGAAUAUUGUUAUGUUUGACUUUUUAUAUUGUCUUUAUUAAAAUCUGGAAUUGAACUGAGUGUAUUAGCAGUCUUUGGAGAGUUCCAGAGGAGUGGUUACAACUAUCUCAAUAAAUAAGAAAAACAGCUAAAACAAGGAAGGCUGCUAUGGGCCCUGCUUUAUGUAUAUGUUUUUAGUAAUGUGUUAAUUGCUUUACGAUUGAGGAAAUACCACGUGUUUGUGUGUAGCCUUUCAAAAACGUGUUUGGCCUCAGUGCCUGCACUGCUGUUAGAGCUACAGCUUGGCAUAUAUCUAAGCUCUCUGCACGAACGUACUGUAAGUCUAUACGGUACGAACGUAACGUAUAGACUUGUGUAAGGGUCGCAACCCCAAUUUGGCAGCCCAAAAUUUGGUAAAAAAUAUUUCCAUCGUAGUAACAAUUGCGUUCAUUGCUGUGCGCGAGCAUCGGCGAAUUUUCGCUCGCUGCCUAUUUCCGCGUCCCGCUACUAGAUGCCGAGAGUUGCACAUUCGCAUCUGUCGCUAUGGUACAUCUAGGGAUCCGGGGUGUGCAGUAGUCGCCGGCUAUGGCGGCACCGUUUUGACCAAAAGGUUUGGCCCCGUGUAAAAGCUGCACCUCGUGAAAAUUGUGAAAGAAAAGUGCGACUCUUACACGAGUCUUUACGGUAUGCGUUUCACAAAUGCUUGAGCACUUUUAGUUCAAACAUGUGCGAUUAUACAUUUGUACAUGCAAGCCUGCAUGUACAACUCGUAAAUGUUAAUGCUUUAGCUGAAUCUGUCAGGUAGAGCUACACUUCUAGCUUAGUGAGUGCAGUGCUUGAAAAUAUGCAUUAGAAUUUCUUGCGAAUGUGAUAAAUCUGCUUUAAGCAAUGCAUUCAUCGAUAGUAUUGACAAGCAGUAGCUGUGUAAGGGUUCUUGGUUUGACAUUGCAAAUUGUUCACAAAAUUAGCCCAUAUGGUUUCAGAGUUUCUAAUGAAUGUGUGUCCGGUGAGUAAAUCCAUCUGGUGCCAACUGCCUGGCAUAGGGGCACCUUUUUUUUCCAAUUUACUUGGUAUGUUUUGUUGGAUUUGUUGACGAAAGUUGAUUGAACCAUUUUUGGUGGUGCAUAAAGAUGGGCUUGUUGAUCGGAA